AUGGAGCGUCCUCCUUUCAAUUUCAACACAGCGUCCAGCACGAGCGGUUCGAAGCAGCCCGGUAAUUCGUCAUCAUUCGAAAAGAAAAGGAAUAUUUUGAAUUUUAGCACCAGGCGCGUUCGGAUCCGCUCUUCCGAAGCAGACGUUCGGAGCCUCACUCUUUGGGAAGCCAUCACUGCUCGCAGCUGCAGCGAAGAAGGAAUCAGAGAAGCCUGCUGAAAAGAAUGAGCCCGGGCCGAGCAGUUCUCUGGCGAGUCGUCUCACAAUUCCUUCAAGAGGAAAAGAAUUUUCAUUCAAAGGAAAAGGAGAUAUAUCUGACUCAAGUAACUAAUUCAUAUUUUGACACUUCGAGCACUCUUUUUUCAGAUUUCCCACAAGAAAAUCAAUUCAAAAAGUCAGCAUUUGCCAAAUUUCCAAAGAGAAAACUGAGAGAAGGAGCUCCAGAAGGCAUGACAAUUCUCGAUCUGUAUUCGAUUUAAUGCUCUUUUUUGCAGAAAACGGACCCAAAACACAAAGGAAUCCUUUUGACUCGAAGCCCAUUCGUCCAGGUCUUCAAGCGCCUAUAUUCUCUGUGAUAGGGAAAAAGGAGCCAGAAGCGAAAAGUCUGUUCGGAAAACCAAUUAGUGAUCAGGAAGGCGUUGACGAAGUCUGCACUUUCCAGCAAUUUUCAGCUUAAUUGAAAUCCGAUUCAGACUGACUAUGCAGUGAAAACCGACUUACCGGUGUCUAUGUUCGGAAUUCCCUUGUCUACGUCGUCUUCAUCCCUCAAAAGCAUCGGAUCCAUGCCCUCGUUUCCACCAGCACCUGCUCUCAAAGCUUUUGGUAAGUAAAUUGACCUUAGGGUUGUUUAGUUGAGCCAACAUUUUAGGAGAUAAAUUAUGGAAGCCUUCAAAGCCGAAGAGGGAAUCUCCAGGACCAGAAAGUCGUCUUCCAAAGCCGUCAGGAUCAGAUGAAUCAAAAUUAAUUCAAAAACUAGCCAGUCUGACCGGACAAGUGUGCCCAGGUGACUACGAGAAGUACGUUCUUCUGGACGAAAGGGACAAAAUACUGUGUCAGUUACGAGAGGUGAGGGGCAUUCUCAGUUGUCUUGUAACGAAAAUCUUUCAGAUCGACAGUGCACUGAUUCGAAGACUCGAAAGAUGUCAAGAAAUGUGUACGGAGAAGGAACGUUAUCAACGGAUAGUUCAGAAGGGAGUCUCCCCGUUCGAAUGCGACGAGUCUGAGAUGGUUUCCCACGAGAUGAUGGUCAAACAGUACGCGAGAUCGGCUGCAGAUCAAGAGAGACCUCUUCCACACGAGCUCCGAUCUGAAAAGAUUAUGAAUUACACAAUGUGCUAUCUCCUUCACAAUGUAAAUUUCGUAUGGUCUGUUAAUCAAUUUAAUUUAUUUAGAUUCUCGACGAAUUCCCGGAUAGUGUGGAGAAGCGAACGGCCUGGUACAUGUUCCUGUGGAGCCGUACUCGGGCUCUCCGAAAGGAAGUCACUCAGCUGUCAAUGUCGGACACUAUGGCUCUGAAUCUCGUGGAACGUUGUACUCGACUGCAUAUUCUUUUCGGUUACGUUCUUUGCGAUCUCGAAACCGAACACUUCGACGCGGCCAUGAACAACGAGACACUGGGAAAGUGCCUUCAAACUCUUCGACACUUUUAUGAAGACUUCUCGAAAAGAGGAAUUCCGUGCGAGAACGAGCCGGAAUUCCGUUCGUACGACGUUAUGCUUCACAUGAACGACACAAAUGUGCUCUCCCAAGUGCUCUCCUACCGGAGCGAGGUCCGUCAGUCUCAGCCAGUCCGACUCGCUCUCCAGCUAGCGGCCUCCUUCCGAGACAAGAACUUCUGUCGUUUCUUCCGGUUGUUAAAGAAAGAGGCAACGUUCCUGCAGUGCUGCGUGUCCCAUAAACUGUUCGCCGUGACCAGAAGCAACGCCAUUUUGAUUAUGACGAACGCAUACAACAGGUCCAUGUUCCCACUGGAAAAACUGAGAGAUACUCUCGCAUUCGACUCCAUCGAUGAUCUCAUCGUCAUGUUAAAUCUGUACGGACUGCACACGGAGUCAGGAAGUGACCAAGUGAUGCUGAACAAGGACUUCCUCUCACUCAAUGAGAUCUCUCCUCUCCAGCCUUAUCAAUGGAUUAACGAUAAGAACACCGGAAAAAUGAGUCAGGUGGUUUAUGGAGGCGACCUUUACCAAUUUUUCGCCUCUCAAUGUGAUGUCUCCAACUCAUUCAAUUAUCGGAACGAGUACGCACACGAUAAAGUGCUGGAAGCAGUGCUCGACGGAUCGAAUAUUCCCCUGCUGACCGAGCCGGCAACAUUCUCAUUCACACAAUCGGCCGGAUCUCUGUCAAUGCAGGCUUCGAUUGAGCAGAAACGGAAGAUGGAAGCGGAAAGAAUCAAAGUGGGUUAGAAUCACAUUCACAUGCACUUUGUCGAGUAAUUUCAGAGGCAAGAAGAGACGAAGAAAGAGCAGCUGAUACAAAAACUGAUGGACGGCGUUGUUGACAGUGUCUUUCUGGGAAUUGCAGAAGAAGAGACGAUGAAAUGGAAAAUGGUACGAAAGAAGAUGAAAGCAAUGGAAGACGCCAGGCGAAUGAGAGAAGAGGCGGAGAGGAAGAUGCUGGAAAAAGAGAGAAAGAGGAAGGAUCAGGAAGAAGAAUUGGCGAGGAAGUUGGCGAAGAAGAUCGAAAAAGAGGCAGCCGAAUGGCGAUUAGAGAGAAUUGUACAGCAACAAAUCGACGUUGAGAGGGCGAAAAGAGAAAAGGUUUUGGCUGAGAAGUUGACGGAGAAGUUCUGGAAAGAAAUGCUGAAAACUGUCGAUCACCACGUGCUGAGCAUCUGCGAGGAGCUGGUCGAUGAGAAGGAGACAGUAAUGGAAGGAUUGGAAACUUUCCGAGGUCGGAUGUCGAAUCAAUGGCUGCGGCAGUUCUGGGAUCGGUGGAGAGAAUGGGUGCAGAUAAAGAAGGAGGCAAAGAGACGGAGGCUAGAAAUGGUGCAGAAGUGCAUUCCGAGAUGGGAGUCCGAAGGUGAGAAGGCCUCCGGGAGACAAAGGCUCAUAAUGAAAUGUUGCAGAAGUCGGUCAGGAUCUCGUGAGGAGGUACGUGAUGACUGCGGACUCUCGGAUAAAGUCUAUUCUAAAUCAUCCGGCUGAUUCCAUACAAUUGACAGUCUUCAAAAGAAACCGAUUGGAUAGGAUUGCACAGAGAACUAUCGGCCAAUGGAGAAGGUUCACGAAAGAGAGAAAGCGAAGAAAACGAUUGGCAGUGGAGCAACAACGAAGGGAAAACGAAUUCUUCAGACGAUUCGAGCACAGUGAGAAGAUCGAGACACGGUUUAAGUUCGAAGAGCCGGAGGAUUGGAUGAGGGCGAAACGGACGAAAAAAAAAGGUUCCAGCGAGAGGAGACCGUUGAAAGGUAGGCGAAAGAAUAAGGGGAUCGAGUCUGAAUUGGUGUAGUUCCAGAAAGUCAGAGCUUUUCCUCGUUCCUUACGGAAAACUCGCUGAUAGUCGCACGAAAGCAACUGGAAGACUGGGAGCCGGAUAUAGAGAUUCCGAGCGAACUGAAGGAGAAACUGAAAAGGAAAAGGGAAUCCUUCGAGAAGAUUUGUCAGAAUCACUCGCUGAAAAAGAAAAAGGACGGCGAAGAACUUAGUAGUCGUGAGUUGAAAAUCACCAUUUGAAAUGAGAGCCAUCGGCGAUUUCAGAAGCCAAAACGAACACUGAGCACCUAGACAAAGUAAGUGGAGCGGCGGAUGAACUGCUGGAUGAGACCGUCCGGUACACUGCGGAUCUCGAUCGGAUGAUGGACGAGCUGAAAGCGAGACGAGUCAACGACUUGUGAACUGUCUCCUUCCGAUCACAAAACUCUGUAUUAUAAUAUUCUUGCUUCUUUUUUAAAUACUUAUUUCAACCCGAUUUCAUCGUUUACUUUACGUCAUUGCUCAGCGAAAUACAUGUUCUUUUUACUGGUCACGAUGGGCGGGUCGAACAGAAGCAAGUGUCAAUAUUUUGACGGCGGCUCGGCAUCGAGUUUCAAUUGAAAGAGGGCAUGUUUGGCAACAAACUCCACGGUAUAAAAAGACACGUGGAAGAUGGGAAAAAGAGAAACAUGCGCAGGAUUCUGGUACUUUUUCUGUUCGCUUCGGCCGUCAGCGCAGUCAGUUUUUGUGCGAGAAUUCCCAAAAUGUGUCGUUUGUUCUUCAGUUCUGGCCGUUUUCAAGUGGCGAGACGACUACGGUCAAACCUCGUUCCAAUGUGACGUCAUCUUCGAACCACACGGAUUCAGACGUCGUUCCGAUCACUCACAUCCAGCGGACUACGGUAGGGAUACUGUAGUCUCGAGUGAAAUUAUUGCAGUUUCAGCCGCGGAACACAAGAACAACUGGAAGGACUGGAAGGACGACGACGACUUCUGCGACCAUUAA